GUGAAAUUUAUAUUGCAUAUACUUCAAAAUAACGUUGUUGCGGGAGAGCUCCUGCAUUGGAGUUGCCGGUUGCGUAAUUGGACGCACUUGUGUGUGCGGUUUGUAGUGGUAGUGCUUGCAGAAUGGCGUUGGCACUGCGUGUGGCGGCGCGAUUUGCCCAAGUUUCGGCUGGGAGUUGGCCCCAAGAUCGGCAGAGACUGUUACAGCUAUACAUUACCAGCACCAAUUCCAGCGAUAACAAACCGAAGUCAUAUUGCACACUGCCACCAGAACGGAAAUAUUCUGGAAAAUCGACUGGAGGAGAAGCACCACCGCCGACGAUUAAGCGAAAUGUAGCCGCCGAAAUAACCAGCGUUGGAAAGGUCAUCUACGAGACGGGCUGGGAUGCAAACAAGCCAAAGGAUCCGCCAAAAGGCCAGCAGUUGGUUAAGACAGCAUCUACCCUACCACCCAGCGACAUGCCUGAUCAUGAGAAGCCCAAGGAGCAGGACGUGCCCAGGUCAAAGCGGGAGCAGAUGCGAGAUAAUAUGCAGGACUACAUAUUCACACGCUACUUCAACUAUGUGAAGAACUAUGACAAGGUUCUCGAAAAGAACUUCCCCAAGGCCAUGCAGCUCUAUCACGUCUUCUUUGAUGGCGUAAAGGACUUUUUCAGCGACAUGAAGCGCUUCUUAAAAAUUUCUCGCAUUGCCAAUGACUCGCCGCAAGGGAUCAGGGCACUGAAUCGCCAGGAACUAGAGCUGUACAUGAUGAUGCCGAGGGACAUGAUGAAGGUUGCACCGGCCCUAAUUGGCUGCUCACUGCCGAUGGUUGGCUAUGCAUUCUUUCCCCUUGUCUUUUGGUAUCCCCGCGUUUUUCUUACUUCGCACUUCUGGACUGCAGAGCAGCGCACCGACUUUCAAAAUUACUAUAUGAAACAAAGACUACAGUACAACAAAGCUGUCUUCCGCUGCCUGCAGGCCAAGCUCAAAUCGCUGUCUGGACACCCCAAACACGCAGAGUUCAGGAACAUAUUGGGCCUGCUGGGAAGUGGUACCCAUCCAACGCCGGAGAUGCUUCUGGAAGUCAAGGAUAUUUUUGUCGAGGGACCCUACUCGCUGCUGGGAAUGUCGCGGAAGCAUGUUAAAAGCCUAGUCAAUAUGCACGGACUGCAAAAUAGCAUCUUUAAGCGUCACCGCCUGCACGAGCACGCUUUCCUUGUGCACUACAUGGACCAGGCCAUAACCCGCGAAGGCGGAGUGCACAAUUUAAGUAUGCAUGCGCUGCGGUACUCCUGCUACUUGCGUGGCCUCAAUCCAGUUAAUCUCAGCGACGAGGAGAUGAUCGAAUGGCUGCGCAACUGGGUCAAGGUCUCGACGUCGAUACAAGGCGAGCAUAUCACACUGUUCCUACAUCUGCCCAUCCUCCUUGGCUACAACCAUCCCAGCAACUGGAAGACGAUCUACUGCAAGGGCAAUGCCUAGGCAUUCAUUCGGUGCUAAUUUAAUUGGUAGACUGUGGCUUUAAGAAUUGGACUGUGGACUGUUAAGACCUUUUUGUUUCUUGAGAGCAAAUAAAAUUGUUGAAAAUCAAA